AUGUGGGGCGUCAUCUUGCAUGCAUCUGUGCUGGCCACCGAGAUGGCAGUUGAGAGAAUGACUCAGGUGGAGCUUAGGCAAUAUCACGAAGCCGCCGAAUCCCUCGCAGAUCAGAGUUGUUUGAUGCCCUCUGAGCUGUCGCCUCCGGCCACCGCGUUCACCUGGUUGGAGCUCCAAAACGCCAUUGCUAGCCUGGCAUGGCUGAGCUUCAACGCGUUGCCUUACAAGCGGGGCACCCCGACCACGGUGCUCGUCAUUCAUCAUGCUCUUUGGCUUGCGCUCUUUCCGGCUGAAGAUCGCCAGAAUGUCCUCGUGAAGUGCAUCCCACGGAUUCGAGAGGGUGUCAUGCCAGACCUUGAAGCUUUUGCCACAGACCUGGAUGGCUUCGUGAAAGAAAGGUGGUGGCACAUCUUCGAAGACGCGGGCCGAGACCUGCUCAGCUGCCUCACCAGGCACUUCGACGCCGUCACAGCGAGGCGCGAGCAAGCACAAGCAAGUCGAGUUGCCACGACUCAGGUCCGAACUCUUCGCCAGCGACUGCAGGUCCUGGGCCUCCCGCGCUCAGGGCCCCGCGCAAGGCUCUGCCUGCGCCUGGCUGGCCGGGAGCACCAGGUGAAGGCGCAGCUGGAACAUGGCUGUGCCCCUGUCAAGGACAAGACGCAAGCGUGUCCGAUGGGCCAUGCAGGCUCUCGCAAUCCCCUCUGCGAGCUGGGCGAGUGUGGCGACACGGACUGUGCGCUGUACCGCUUCCGCGGUGGAAGCGAAGGCGUACGAUCGGACUUUGUGAACUUCUGCGCCAAGCAGAUCGAAGAGCAUUUCUGGCAGGUAAAAAGCAGGCACGAUGAAGGUUUGGUGUACUGCUCCUUGGGGUGCGGAUGCCUCUACUUCGACUGGGAGCUGUUAGAUCAACUGGUCACCAACGCCAGGCUUCGCGUUGACCAGGUCUGGCUUGUGGACACGGCUUUCUGGGAGAACGCAACCUUUGCCACGGCUGAAACAAAGGCAUUGCGGGCCUUUUGUCAAUGGUAUGCAGGAGAGUUCGACAUUCAUUCUUUCCGAACGGGCCGUUCGUUGAAGCGCUGGUGCCAGGCAUUUUCUGGUCAACUUGGCCACGCGCACGUGGUCAUGGAAUGCGACAGUGUGCAGACCCACCCCUUGACCGAUGACGGUGACUUCUGCAGAUCUGUGCUGCACGAGGAAGCACUGAACCUCCAGAUCUUCAGUCAGCGCCUGGCAAAUAGACGCCCAGGGCCAGGACGGCGGCGCGGCCCAGUGCCCGUGGCCCCUGUGCGCUGCGUUCGCCGAAGGAAAGAGGAUAAGCUGGAAAUUCUGCAGCGUGACCAGUGGCAAAACGGCAUUUGGCUUCCUGAUUACUUCUUACACUUUGACAAUGACGAGGAGAACGCAGACUGGAUCACUGAAGAUCUGCAGCGCCGGUACCGAUGA